AUGCCACAGCUAUUGGUAUUGAAGGAAUGUUGGUCGAAAGGUUUUCCGAGUAAUGAAUUCGGUUAUGUUUUGUAUCCAUUUUUGUGUAUUUUCAAACUUUUCGGUUUCGCGCCCAUCGACCUAAAAAAUGGUGAAAAUUUACAUAGUAAAUAUGGAAGACUAAAAUUGGAUAUAUGCUCUGCUACUUGGACUGUGAUUAGUGCCAUUAUCUAUAUUGUUGGUUUCAGUUAUGCCGUACAUCAGAUGAGCAUCACAAAUCACUGGGGACACAUACAAUCAGAAAUUCCAUUCAUCACAAGUUGGGCACAAAUUGGUUCACUUUUUCUAUUAGGCGGCUUAGCAGUGUUAACAUCAUGGCUUCAUCUACCGAAUAUGCUAAAAUUAUGCAAUUUAAUUUAUAAAAUAGAUCAAUAUCUGAAAGUGUAUAUGAAUGUGCAAAUAGAUUAUAAACAGUUACGUCGGCGAUUAUUAAUUGAAUUCACAUUACUGUUUCUGGUACCGACGACAUUAUCUAUGGUUAACUGCGUUGUUAUACAACCAAUACCAGAUUUAAGUUUCAAUUCGUCCUGCUACUGGUUCAUUUGUUUUGCACCAAUCAUGCUGCUAACUUUUAAGGAGUUUCAAUUCUACAAUCUAUUAUUCAUACUUAAAUCAAAAUACGACCUUAUAAACGAGAAACUACAAUUCUAUAUACAUGGCUUGGAUAAGAAGAAAGAAAAACUGAAGAGUAAAUCAAAUUCAAUAUCUGAAGUACCAUUAGCUUCUAUAGUAACGACAACAAGCGUCAAAGAAAUGGAAAUACUAGGAGUAGACACUCUACAAAAUUUACUAGAUAUAUUCUCUCUCAUCACAGAUGCUGUGGAACUGGUUUUAAAGAUUUUCUCAUGGCAUUUACUAUUGACCACCACAAUUUCGUUUCUGACUAUUACCGUUCAAAGUUAUAAUUUAUUCGCGGUACUCAUGAAGGCCUUGGAGAUGUUGCCAUAUCAAAUUUUCUUUAUAAUCGCUUGGAUUUUAAUACAAAUAUUGACAAUCGGCAUAAAUGUCAGUGCCUGCAGCAUGACUGCUAAUGCGAUGUCAUCUGCUGGUCCACUUGUGCACAAACUAAAGAGACAUACAUCUAUAGAUCCUGCCUCUAGCUUUUAUCAAAUCAUUCAAAUAUUUUCUAUGGAAAUUUUACAUCGUCAAAAUAUUUUCACUGCAGCUGGUUUCUUUGAUAUAAAUUAUAAGCUCAUCACUUCGAUUAUAGGUGCAGUUACAACGUAUUUGGUGAUAAUCAUACAAUUUCACGAAGCCACUGCAGAUAUGACGAGUACUAAACUAAAUGUGACGCACCCGAUAAAUAUGUGA